AUGGACUACGCCAACUCCGGAUCAUGGCCCUCCCAGGUGCCGGCACCAGAGAAGUCUAGCCGACUCUACAUUCGCGACUACCCCCACCGAUCUAUUGCUCUCGUCUCGUCGUCGCACGCCCUCAUCUUCCGAUACAGCUCCGCCAGUACCGGCACAAACGGCUCCCUUACCUCAAUCGCAUCUACCCGAUCACGACCAAACGGCGAUGGUAACGCGUCGAAAUGCAUGGUCGAAUUCACCCAGGUCACCAAGAAGACGCUGGCCGACUACCGAUCUCUGACCCCGCGGCCGAUUUUUGGAACAUUGGGUCUUAUAUCCGUCGAAGGCGACGUGUUCCUUUCCGUCGUGACACAUGCCACUAGAGUUGCCACCCUUAGACCGGGGGAAACUGUGGAACGGAUCGCGAGUGUUGCUUUCUUCUGUCUCAACAGCAGCGAGUGGGAUGAUGUCGUUUCUCUGGAUCCCUUGGAUUCCGAGGCGUCAGACGCCAAUUCGGUCUACGGUCAGAACCUCAGAGGGCGGGAUGUUCAAGUGGAACACCCGUGUACAGAUCUGCGCAAGCUUCUGGGCAACGGCACGUUCUACUACAGUACCGACUUCGAUUUGACGAACAGGUUGCAGGACAGAACGGUGAACUCGUACACGUUCGACAUCGACAACUUCGACGACUCCUUUCUGUGGAACUCGUACAUGAUCAGUCCGCUGGUUCAGUUCAGAUCCCGACUGCUGCCCCAGGAGCGCGAGGCUUUGGACUCAUCAAGGUUUCUGACUUCCGCCAUCCGUGGCUUUUGUCGAACAAUGGCGAUUCCCCAAACAAGCGCUCCUUUGAAGACUCGAUCGACCGGGUUGCCUUCGUACCUCACAGUUGUAUCGCGACUUUCUUGUCGUAGAGCUGGAACGCGUUUCAACUCCAGAGGCAUUGACGACGACGGCAACGUCGCCAACUUUGUAGAGACAGAGACCAUCUACUGGAGCCCUGGCGGCACUCUUUUCUCGUACGCUCAAGUCAGAGGCUCAGUUCCGCUCUUUUGGGAGCAGACGGCGGAGCUCAUCCCUGGCAAGCAGAACAUCACCGUCAUCAGAUCGCCUGAAGGGGCACAGCCUGCCUUCAACAGGCACUUUGCAGAUCUAGAGCGGGCCUAUGGCGCUGUACAUGUGGUCAACCUGUUGAGUGAGGGCAAGCCUGGCGAAGCACAGCUCAGUCAGCUGUACCAUCUAGGGGUGGAGCAUUGCCCCCUGAGCCAGGUCGGCGAGGAAGAAUCGCAAGAUCACGCGCUGCUGAGAGAAACUCACUACGACUUCCAUGCCGAGACAAAAGGCCCAGGAGGAUAUGAAGCGGCACGUCAAAUUCGCAGAUACAUCGAAAAUUCGAUAGACGGGUUCGCCUACUACUUGGCUGAAGAGUCCGAGGACGGGGCUGCUGACAGCGAUCACCAUGGUUCCAACCGGAUGGUCGUAGUUCUCCAACAAGAAGGUGUAUUCCGGACGAACUGUCUCGAUUGUUUGGACAGGACGAACUUGAUCCAGACUCUCAUAUCGCAGAUGGCCACAGAGGCAUUCCUGGGCCACCGCGGCGAAUAUGCCACGUCGGACUUUUGGAUGAGACACUCGACCCUCUGGGCGGACAAUGGCGAUGCCCUGUCAAAGAUUUACGCCGGAACAGGUGCGCUUAAAUCCUCCUUCACACGUUCUGGAAAGAUGUCGCUGGCUGGUGCCGUUGCGGAUAUGCGCAAGUCGGUGCAGCGUCUCUACCACAACAACUUCACGGAUGCGGCUCGACAAACAACGAUUGACCGCCUUCUUGGGCGCCUUGUCAACCAGAUGCCCGUCAUCCUCUUCGAUCCUAUUAGCGACUAUGUUUCUGGCGAGCUCGCCAAGAGGAGUGCCGAAUUCUCUUCGGUGCAGGACAUCACCAUGUUGGUUGGCACAUUCAACCUGAAUGGCCGCACCGAGGGUGUUGACAGCGACCUUGCUCCAUGGCUCGCCCCAGAAGAACUCGGCAACGUCCUACCUGAAAUCGUGGCGGUGGGAUUCCAGGAGAUUGUCGAGUUGAGCCCGCAGCAGAUCAUGAACAGCGAUCCUUCCAGGAAACAGUUGUGGGAGGCCGCAGUGAGACGAUGCCUCAACAAACGUGCCAAGGCACUUGGUGGCGAGAGAUAUGUGCUGCUCCGGAGUGGACAGCUUGUUGGCGCUGCGCUGUGCAUUUUUAUCAAGGCUUCGGCCCUGGCCAACAUUAAGAAUGUGGAAGGUAGCGUCAAGAAAACUGGGCUGUCGGGGAUGGCGGGCAACAAGGGCGCGGUUGCGAUACGAUUUGAUUAUGCGAAUACCCACAUCUGCUUUGUGACGGCCCAUUUGGCUGCUGGAUUUUCGAAUUAUGACGAGCGGAACCGGGACUACGCGACAAUUCACCACGGGCUUCGUUUCCAACGGAACCGUGGCAUCGACGAUCAUGAUGCUGUUGUGUGGCUGGGAGAUUUCAACUACCGAAUCGGCCUCGGCUCUGAAAUUGCCCGUGGCCUGAUCAAGAAGCGAGACUUAGAGACGCUUUACGAGAACGACCAGCUGAACCUACAGAUGAUUGCGGGUCUUGCGUUCCCAUUCUACUCUGAAGCUCGGAUCAACUUCUUGCCCACAUACAAGUUCGAUCUUGGUACGGACGAAUAUGACACAUCUGAAAAGGCACGUAUUCCCGCGUGGACCGACCGCAUUCUGCGCAAAGGAGCAAACUUGCGCCAACUAGCGUACAACUCAGCCCCGCUGAAGUUCUCGGAUCAUCGGCCGGUGUAUGCGAUCUUUCAGUAUAAUGUGAGCAUCGUUGACGAAGCCCACCGGGAUCGAAUCAGUAAAGAGCUCUACCAGCGGAGGAAAGCGGACCUUGGAGAUGUAGUUGCCAACCUGGACUCGGAGGAGACGGACGACGAGGACUUGAUUGGCUACGAAGCCAUCGAGCCAGGACUGCCCCCUGCGAGCUCUGACCGUCAAAAGUGGUGGUUGGAGAACAAACAGCAGGCGAGAGUUGACAUGAAGCAACCAAAAGCACCAGAUGGACACGCUGCAGUGUUGAACCCCGGAAGGCCACCAAACCCAUUUACACCAACAGGAGAGCCAGACUGGGUCAACGUGCCGAGGUCAAGGCUGUCGUCCUUUUCCAGCGUCUCGACAUCACCGUACGAGCAUGUCUACACCCCAAACGAUCUCUCAUCGUCAGCCUCCAAUAGGAUUGCGAGAAAGCUUCCGCCACCAUUUGAUCCGUCGGCCCUGUCAUCAAAGGUUGGCGGACUCAACAUCAAAGACGAGAAGUCAUCUAGGGGGGAAACACCACCGCCGCCGCCACCACCUAGAAGGCAGACAGGAGCCAGCGCGGCAGUUCAACAACCUCCGCUGAUCCCCUCCAAUCGAUCACAAAACCCAACCCCCCCGCGGCCUUCGUCUGCGAUUUCGCAGAUGUCGCAAUUGUCUUCACAGUCCAAAUCCAAGCCCGCGCCACCCGUUGCGAAGAAGCCAGCCCACCUGGCCACGUCACCGAUCCUGAGCAGCAACGGUACAAGUCAGUACAAGGAUGACCCGACUGAACGACCGCCACUGCCGUCUCGGGCGUCGACGGGCUUUACCAACCUCAGCGCGGGCUUGGAGAAAGGAAUGCAGAGAAAGCCUGUCGGUGCACCGGCCAAGCCACUCAAGCGGGCAGAUACCCUAAAUGUCGAACCUGGCAGACAGAGCCCGAUGGCCGGGGCAGUCGCAUUGCCGGGGAUGAGAGCUGGCGAGGCGCGGCCCAAACCCAAGAUCCCAGCCAAGAAGAAUGCGCCAGUAGAUUUACUAGACUCGCUGGAUGAUGAGGGGCCCAGCGACAUGGGAAGCUGGGAGACGUUGGUUCCCAGCACGCAGAGAUGA